AUGUCCAAGGCCCCUGUCCCUGAGCCCAUAGAGGCGAUUCAGCUCGAUUCAGACAAUGACCAAUCCCCGCGCUCCCCCUCUGUCUCUUCCGAAUCCGAAUCCGCUUCGACAUCCCCAUCGUUUGCCGAAGGCCGGGCCCGCGUCCUUGAAGCCGACCGCAAACAGUUUUAUGACACCUUUGGCCGCGCUCUGGGCUAUGCCACCAUCCGCUCGGCCUUUCGACAUCAGCGAGGGGCCCCGUUUUUGCUGCGCAACCUGCGAUAUCACAACACCUUGAUUGAGCCCGAGCUUGCCUCCUUUGCAAAGUCUUCCCGACGUGAGGCCACAACCCAACGAUUGGCCCGCAGCUUUGACUUUCGCCAGCUUCUCAGAAAAACUCAACAGCGUCAGGGCACCGAUACCCCUGCCCUACCGUAUGUUAACCCUUACUCAGUCUGCCUCUUGAAACGACCUUUGAAUCAAAGUCAUAGCCCCACUGUUCCAAUGUCCAUGUUCACACGCCUAUCCCAACCAGACCCCAUGCUCUACCCUCUUGAGUCGCCACAGCCUGAGCUUACCAUGUGGCUUUCGCCCCAUCCAGAUCUCGACAGCGCCAGGCUGCGUCAGCACCGGGUCCUGACGCUUGCCAAUAUGAUUUCGGGAGCUGCGACCAUAUUGAACUCACCCUGGCGUACGGCCGCCACCGCCAACUCGGCCAUACACAGGUAUAUGGUCAAAAAUGGCAAAUGCCCCUUCUGCGGUCGUCGUAUUCCUGGCACGCCAAACUUUCUGCUUCAUCUGCGCCACGUUCACGACGAAUUUGUCACCACCCUCGCAGCUGUACGAACUGAUGGCACCGUUCAUCUUGUUGUCGCUGCCCGCGACGAGUGGACGCGCCCCAUUGCCCGCGUCAAGCCUAUCCCCUUCACUGGACUGCUACCUGCGGAAAAGGCCAAGCUGGCACAGUUGCGCCAGGCAGUGACCACAACGGAGCUACGCUUGUUCGAGUUUGGCUUUGUUGCCGACUCCCGUGCCGGCGAAGCAAAGCUUGAAAAACAACUAGAAAACAUGACUAGCACCAUUGCCGACCUUGAAGCCCGGGGCCGGUGUUCGCAGCGCCCUCACUAUGUCCACAUGGAAUUUUACUAUGCCCGUGGUGGCCACGAGCCACUUCAAAAAGCUGUCCAGGCUUUGGCUGCCGCACCAAAGACAUGCACCAGUGUACCACGCCGCAAGGGGAAGCGGCCCGUCUACCGUUGUCCCCAUUUCACGGCCGCUGUCAGUGACGAGUUGGACCAUGAUUCGGAUGACGAUGAUGAGGGCCCUUGGGCCGAGCUGGUGCAGCGUCAAAACUUUCGCGAGCUUGCAGAUAUCAACGUGUCGGAACGCACGUUUAUGCAGCUCUGGAACGCUUUUCGGCGCCGCUCCGCGCAUCGACCCGAGACCCGAGCCUUGUUGGACGGACGAGACCAGGGUGUGGCAGCAGCUUGUGUAGCUUUCGUCAACGACUACAAACUACUUUUGUCAAGUACCGGGCUGGCUCGCCAAUGUCAGCUGCACAUGACAAUGCUGUGGCGCUUGGGCUUACUUCCCGAGCCCGUGCUCCAGGAACUCAUGUCUCGCCUGGCGGGCGCCCCCUCGCACGCUAAACCCGUGCCACUUGCCAACCCAGAGGUGGCGGUGCACGGUGCCAUGAGCGAGACUCGGUCACGCCAAGAGGCAUUGGUGAUGUCAGUUGCGUCACCCUCCAAGGCGGCCAAGCGUAGCACAGAUGAACCACUUGCCGACGUGAUACUCAAAUCUCUGAGCUCACUCAAGGUUGCCGCCGAGUGUGUGUGUGUGUGUGUGUGUGUGUGUGUGUGUGGAACUAUGGGAAGGCAGUCUGAGCUGUGA